AUGUCCUAUUUGCCUUUCCUUGCUUAUUUUUCUUUUCCCCGCCAUUCUAGGGUCAGGGUCACACGGCACAUUUGUAUGUCCUUUAUCGGCCGCCGUUCGCCCAUGGGAAGCUUGGACCGGGCUGCACAAACGGCCAUGGCAAUCGAGCUGGGCGCUUCCUUUGAUCCCUUUGACGGAGUUGGAGCCAACGAAGUUGGACAGGUGCGACUGCGGUGGUGGGCGGAUCAUGUGGAACAGGAGCUCGACGCAAACCGUAGUCCAUUUGUCGCGGCGGAGAUAUUACUUAAACAGAUGAAUGAGUAUGGAAAUUCUUCUGAUGAGUUGGAGGAACUUCUCCUAGCAACAAUCCUUCCGGUACUCAGUCGCUGCACUUCUUACUUGGGAACCUACGGUGACGUAUUUAAUAAGGCUCUAAAUGAGGUCAUUCCCGCCAUCAUGUUUACGAGGACGCUAGCAACAAGUCACGGUGAGGUCCUCCAGCGGAGGUCAUACGCCGAAUGUUUCGCCUCUAUUCUAUGCAAAUUUCAGUACCACGUGAAGCUGUCUUAUUCUCUAAACCGACGCGCCACGUUGGAGGACAGUGUGAUGACCCGCGUCGUUCGGAGGCUUGACAACUUAUGGAUGAGGAUGUGUUUCAGAGCGUGGAGGGCGCUGCGGAAUAGCGUGGCUACGACCAAACGAAGCUUCCAGCGUUUGGCGAAUAGAGGUGCUGCUUUGACUGUCGUGCCUGGACAUAUCCGGAUGUGGCGCCGUCACGCCCACUACGUGACACUAAAGGAGAAGUUAUCCAAACACACUGCCCUAAACCAAGAGCUGGACAAUUUGUAUGCUGCCGAGCAGGCGGCCAAGAGUAGCCAUGAAAGUAUCAUCCAGGAAGUUGAGGAAAAGAAUAGGCUCAUUAGUUUGACUACAGAGCGUUGCAUGGAGGCGGAAGCCCGAUUGGGUGAGCUUCAAAGUUUGAUGGAGGAGACAACUUCAUCUCUGGAGGGUCAUUGGAAGCAAUGGAAAAUAGCCAUCAACUGUCUGUUUGGUGACGGCCGCGACAGCCUACCACCUGUGCAUGGAAAUCUUCGCUCUGAUCUUCAAUCUAUUGCGCAGAACAUAACUGACACUGCUUUGCUUUUCCUGAAAGAGGCGAAAAAGCGCAAAUGGAAGAUGGAAAAAAGUACAAUUGCCCAAUACGUGAACCAAAUGGGAUUAGAGAAAUGUGAAAACCAACAAACGGGACUUGAUGACAUUAUUUCCACCCUCAGCCGUGUGUGUAAGCCAGUCAUGCCGCCAUUGCGCCUUCUUGACUUGAUACGUGAAGAUCAAGAGAAGUACGAUCUAACUAUUAAGUUUUUGUCGUGCGUGAACGGUGGUGGGCAUUGUUCCCUUUUCAUGAAUGGCCACACGCUCGAUGAUGAUGAGUUAAGUGUGGAAGGCGUACGGGACUUUGGAGUAAAGAUGGUUUCACAUGUCACGGAGGGCGUAGGUAGUUUUCAGGUAUGCCCUGAUGCCAACGAGGAUUAUUUAAAGGCAAUUCAAACCUGCUUAGCAGCAGAUGAGCUUACCAAGGUGCACGAUUACCUGAGUAGAGUUUUCUUUGCCCUAGCGACGGGUGGUUUGCCUCUCAACAGGGAGAAAAUUGAAAGGUGCAUUGAUAACCUUGUUGAGCCCCAUCACCGUCAGGUUGUGCAUGCAUUAUAUCCCUCGCAAGGAAUAAAGAAUUUUGCCGAUUUAAGAAGUUACCUAACAAGGGUAUCCAACUUUUGUCUAUGUACAAUCACAACGUUGGUUGAAUGCAUUGAGAAUCACUACGACGCAGAUCCGAAGGAGGACCUUUUCUCUGUGCUGUUUGAGGAGGAUGUUGUUACGUUCUUUGAGGAGCACGAAAAAGACAUUCACAGGCUAUUUGGGAUGUUUAGAGACAAGAGGUUCCCUAUGCUUCUGUCAAAAAGCCUCAUCAAGCCGUUUUUGGUUGAGAAGUUUAAUCUACUAGAUAGUGAAGUUGAUACUUUAUUCCAACUCGGUGCCACUCCGGAGAAAAUUACGAGGGAUGAGUUCAAGAAUUUCUUGACUGUACUUGCCGCGUUUUACACACCUUCUCCUUUUGUCCCACCGGUGAAGAAACUAGCAAGUGUGAUAAUGCAGUGCUCAGUUUCCUCAAAAGACGAGGCGUAG